AGCUCUGUGCUCAGGCACAGACAGCUCCCUGUGGUCCCUGCAGCUCUGGGAAGCAUGAACAAAACUCAUCCCCAGAGAAAUGGUGGUGUAGCUACUGGUUCAACAGAUUCCUUCUCUGGAAAUAGAGGCUGCUGCCAUCCCUGUGGUGCCCACACUGGCUGCACACAGAGACCCCUCUGCAUCUCUGCCGUGGCACUGCUCAUCCUGGGGGCUGCCCUGGCCUCGGGGCUGGCUCUGGCACUGCUGCCACGGGCACCAGUGAACCGCCUCUGCACAGCCCCUAAUAACAAGACAGGCUUCUUGUGUGAUGACAGAAUGACCUGUGUCCCAGCCAGCUGGGUCUGUGACAGGGUCAGCAACUGCAGGAAUGGAGAGGAUGAGCAGGAGCAGCUCUGUGGUGACUUGCCCCACAGCCUCCCAGGACACCUGAUUUUCUACUGCAGGAGCCCCAGGUCCUGGGUUUAUGCUGACCAGAGGUGUAAUGGGAUGAACGACUGCGGGGACUGCUCUGACGAGACAGGGAGCUUGGCUGCCUGCCCCCCAUGUGGGCAGGAGUGGUGGAGCUGCAGCCCUGUGCACUACGAGUUCUGCUCCUGCAUCCCCAGGAGGCUGUGCCGGGACGGCAUCCAGCACUGCCUGGGCUGGUCCGACGAGUUCCUCUGCACAGCCUGAAUCCUGGCACCCAUCCUGCUGGGGAGAGAGCAGGCUGCUCCCCACACGUCACCCUGCAGCCUCGGGGUCCUGCCCUGCCACCUGCUUGGGAUGAUCCAGCCCAAGCAAAUCCUCCCCAGCAGCGCAGUGACACCAAACAGGACCAGGGCUGUGUGGCAGCCCUUGGCUGGACACUGGCUGUGGCACAGCUGCCAGGUGAAGGUGACACUUCAGCACUGAUGCUGUGCUGGAGAUGCUUCACCAGCCACUGCUGGCACAGCCCUGGCCCAAGGGUUUCUCCUCUAUGGACAUACAGGCAGCCACCACAGGGACAUUGAGAACUGCCCCGAGGAGCAGGAGCUGAGUGAGGUGAGCCUCCAACACAUCUUCGCAGUCCUGAUCUUCACUGGCAGGAGGAGAAGCUUCUAUUUGUGUUCAAAACACGUCUGCAGAUGGUUUCAGCAAUGGCUUUGAGGGCUCUGUGUUGAUGCUCCUGGGAAUGAUGCUCCUGAUACUUCCUUGGGAAUGCUGUGCUGGGAUGACAGCGUGGGGAGCUGCUGCUCAGGCACCUCCUGCUCUCUUCUCAAACCAUGAAACCAACACAGAGAGUAAAAUGGCAUGGAAAACUAGAGAAGUUUCAGGGUUUUGGGGGAUAAAUCAUGUCACUGUGACAGAGUAGCUGUCCCUGACAAAAUAACCUGCUCUUCACUCAGCACUGUGCAGUUUUGCAGCAGCAGGUUGAGAACAGCCAUGGGGCUGGGAUAGAUCUCGCUGAAGUUGGCAAAGAAAGGAGGAAAGAGAAAUCUCAGCCUUGGUGCAGAGAGCAGCAGAAAAUCAAGUGCUGCUCCCAGGGUGGUGUGGGAUGACACUGGAUCUGUUUGCUGCCUGUUUUGUUCCUCUGCCAGCAAGGCAGGAUCAGGCAGCCAAGCCUUCAAAGCAGUCCUCAAGAUAUAGGUAUGGGCAUGACACUGAAAUUUAAGAAAGAUGAGGUUUCCUCUGCUCCUUUGAAAAUCUCAUCUGUGUCUAAAACAUUGAGGAAACCCCCCACAUUUACAGUGAGUACUCUUACUUUUCUGUGCCCAAAAUAAACAUGAUGUAAUCUUUUUUCCCAUUGCCAUCCUAGGUCGUAGAUAUUUAAAAAUAAACCCCUGUUCGCUC